CGCAGGGAUGGUGAGAGGGAGGCGAGCGCUGCCGGCCGUGCUCUGGGCCGCGCUGGUGCUGCUGGCAGCCCCGCGCUGGGCCCAAGGGCAGGAGGAGAAGCCCUUUGGGGAGGCCUGCCUGGACCACUUCACCACCGGCAUGCCCGACUUCGUGCUGGACACGGAUGCCUCUGUCCAGAACGGAGCCACCUUCCUGUCGUCGCCCCAGGUCCAUCGGGGCAGGGACUGUGUCCGGGCUUGCUGCAAGGACCCCAUGUGCAACCUGGCGCUGGUGGAGCAGCACCCGGGCGCCGGGGAAGACCACAUCCAGGGCUGCUUCCUCCUCAACUGCCUCUACAGAAAGACUUUCGUGUGCCGCUUCGCCAGGAAGAUGGGCUUCCUCAACUACGUGAAGAGGAACGUGUACGAUGCCUAUUUAUCAAUGCAGGAGCGGGGGUUUGGCGAUGAUCAUCCCCCGAUAGCCCGCACCGGGAUGAACAUGAAAGUACAGCCGGGCGAGGUGGUGUUGCUGAGAGGCACCGAGAGCACCGAUGACCAUGGGAUUGUCAGCUACGAAUGGAAACAAAUCCAUGGAGACCCCUCUGUGGAGAUGAAGAUACUGGAAGAAGAUCAGGUGGAAGUCUCCAACCUGCAGAUGGGGAUUUAUGUCUUCCAGCUUACAGUCACAGAUACAGCACAACAGCAGGACUUCGCCAACUUCACCAUCCUAGUGCUGAAUUCCGAGCAGACUGAAGAGCAUUGUUUGACUCCUAAGAAGGUGGGUCGAUGUCGGGGGUCUUUUCCACGUUGGUUUUAUAACCCAAGUCUUCAGCAGUGUGAGCCAUUCAUUUUUGGGGGCUGCAAGCCCAACAAGAACAACUACUUACGGGAAGAGGAGUGUAAACUUGCCUGCAAAAAUGUUAAAGGUUCUGUUGGUGGACGACAGCAGCCAGUGUGCAAUGGGAACUGUCAUCCCCGCACCUUCAGAUGCAAGGAUGGCUGUUGCAUUGAUGCCUAUCUGGAAUGUGACGAAACCCUAGACUGUGCUGAUGGAUCAGAUGAGAUGUAUUGUGAACAAUAUGCUCGUGAGUUCAAUAGACUGCAGAAAAUCAAUAUCACAAAUGAAAAAGGUCACUGUGUGGAUUUGCCCGAUACUGGACUGUGCACGGAGAGCAUCCCACGCUGGUACUACAACCCAUUCACUGAGAAAUGUGACCGCUUUACCUAUGGGGGCUGUGACGGUAACCAGAACAACUUUGGAGAAGAGGAAGAGUGCAUGAAGUCAUGUACAGGCAUCACAAAAGCAGAUGUCAUUGGCCGGAGAUGGGAAUCAUUUGAGCACCAAACUGCUAGCUUAAGUGCCUUUGAGGUGGUGAUUGCUGUGCUCCUUGCAAUCUGCAUCAUGGUGGUCCUGGUGAUCAUUGGCUACUUCUUCCUCAAGAAAAGGAAGAACAGCAGACGCCGUCAGCCAGCCACUGCUACCAACUCAACCCUCUCCACCUCAGAGGACACUACGCACCUGUUCUACAAUGGUGCCACCAAACCAGUCUGACCAACAACUUCUCUCUUCCUUCUAGCCCAGCAUUGGGGCACUCCCAAAAAGUUUUGGGGUUUUGUCUUUAAAUACAGACUUGCACCUGAAGGACAUUUUCUGUUAGAAGACGUUUGUAGCAUGAGGCCAAGAUCUAGCCAUGAUUUGGCAGUACUAUGAUUGUUAUUGUCCUGGAUAACUGGCUGUCCUGGAAACUGAGGAACAUUUUGAUGCUUUCUGACGGCUGUCCCUUCCCAGCUUGAAACACUUCAGUGACAACUCUGAGUGACAUUGUUUUUUUCCUCCUCAAACAUGGAGCAGAACUCAGCUGUAUUUCCUGAAGGAUCCUGAGACUGAAUUUGUGUAGCACUCAUACUCAUGAAUGGUGCAAACUCACCAUAGCCAUCAAUUUUUAUUUGUGCAGUGCCACUUUCUUCUACCCAGUCUCUUAUUUGCCUCCAUUUUUUCCCAGACCUUUGCAAUGUGGCCUUGCCUUCCACUAAUCCUUGUGGUUGUGGUGAGUCUCUUGGCGGUUGUGUGUUUUACAUAACCAGCUCAGCCUGUUCUGAGAGCUCUGUGACACUCUCAAGUGUUUUUUGAUCCUGAGGUGGACAGAAACAAGGAAACUUCUGUUUUAAUCAAUAGAUUUUGUUUUUUAACAUAAAAAUGCACCUAGAUUUUUUUUUUUGCGUGGCUGCAUGCUACAGCCACCAUUGCCUUCUCAUGAGUUGCUAUGUGCUUUUUUUAGCAUUAACUCAAACCCUGAAGAUAUUGAUAAAAUAUUUAUUCUUUAUCCUUAAGUAAAAUGAAAGGAAAUGUUCCCACAUGUUCCCACAUGGCUGUUCCCAGCCAUCCUGGCUAAUGGUUAAGAGGAGAGUGGCAGGACCAGCUCCCUCAGAGCCAGUCCGUCUGCUGCUGCUGUGCCAGCCGGUGAUGCCUGGCGCUCCCAAAGAGGCUGCCUGGAGAAGUCCCGCCAGAGAACAGCUCAGCAUUGCAGCUGGGAAGCUGCUUCUGAGGAAGGAGAAGGAGAGGCUGUGGAGAGAAGCACAGUGAAGGAAGGGGAUGCAAGGAGGAACCUGCAAGGGAUGGCACAGGCCUUGGGUCAGUACCUGAAGGGCAGUAUGUACCUGCCCCACGCGCUGAAGCUGCUGUGCGGCCCUGUUGUGCUGCUGAGCAGCGGCCGGGGCAGCAGCUCCCUUGCUCUUGGAGGGAGUCUCUGCUGUCGCUCUUGUUUCCCUCCCAUCUCUGCCUGGAGCACAGCCGCUGCCCUGGCACCUGAUGUCUCCCACAGCACAGGAGCAGCAGGGCUCGCACUGGAGCUCCCGCACUUCUGCCCUCCCCUUUUUGGUGCAAGGCGUGCCCAGCUCCAAAGGUAAUCCCAGGCCAAGAGGCAGCGGGGGAAAUUCCCCCCAUCUGUAAGGUCCUCUAUGUUCAAUAGUAAGGCUGUUGUAGCAGGGUACUCCCCGGUUCUGUGUUGCUUUUUUCUCUGAAGUUUCUCUGAAGAGGCUUGCACCGCUGGGAGCUGGAGAUUUCUGUUGGCGGCAGAAGCUGCCAUUUCCAAAGUGCCUGAUAAGCUUCGUUCAGUGUUGGCUUUGCGUCAACUACAAGUUCCCCUUCCUUGCUACUCUUAGAAAAUUCCUGCCGUGAAGAGAGGGGAAAGCUUUGUGUGCAUGUGUGUAUGUAUGUAUGUGUGUGUGUGUGACAUUUACCUUAAAUAUCUGGACCCUGGUGCACGGGGUCAUCCUUUUCAAGGCCAAGGGUGGAGCAGCUCUGGAAGGCUGGGGUGAAGCCACGCUCUGAGCUGCAGCAGAGCAGCACUAGG